GCUCCAGUAUUGCCAAUGAGCCAGCCAGUAAGCUAGUCAGUGAAUGACUGAAACAAGUUUAGGUUAAGUUUAAUAGAUAUCCUGUGAGCGUAGCCGUAUUAAUGUUCCGGUCGUUAUUAUUAUUAAUUGUUCACGCAGUGGUGAGUUCUUCGUGACCAACAAUUACACGACACCUCGCAUUGCAAAUCGUUAAUUGUUGAAAUACCUGUUUGGUUAUAACGGACUGUGUCAUCAGAUCGGAUACUCGCUCUUAUCGAUGCAAGAGGUGCGUGGAGCGAUGCUCGCUGCCGUAGUACGGAUACCUUGUGCAAUAUUGCCCGGACGUAGCUGAAUGCGAGGUUGAUCAACGAAGUUGAUACACCGCACGAGACGCUCUUAUCUGGCAGCUUAUCUAAAGUUCAAUAAAAAUCCAAGAUAAAUAAUGUUGCUAUAAAUAUGUGAUCGCUGUUAGAUUUACAAAGAGCUCGCGUUCCUACUCCUUCCUCAGACAGACUCGAAAUUUCCUGCAGGGACUUACUUUGGAAACAGUGACCUCUCAAGGGCAAUCUGCUCAUCGGACUGUGGCUCGCAUGCAUUCCACUAUUAUGGAGAGCUUCCCCGCGCAGAGCUAUGAAAACAAGCUGGAAUUUGAGUACAGCGAGCCUGCGAUCACCACCACGAAUCAUCAACACGACAUCGCUCAGUCUGUAAAUGAUCAGACACCAUCACAAGAACAGCUUCAGGUGCAAGAGGAUAAUGACACAUCGACACUGCAACAACAGCAGCAGCAAGCGGAGCAGGUGACACAGCCGAAUGCUCAGCAAGGCAACCUGACUCCUGUCAGAUUGCCCGCAAUUCUAGACGGAGAGUUCUUCUUGGUAACGAGGGUGGAGAACUCAAACGUUACAGUGCGUUGCCUGCAGUGCCAGAAGCUAUUGAACGGCAAUCUGAAGUCGACAGGCAAUUUCCUAAGUCAUAUCAAGCGAUUGCACCCGUUCAUGAUGGACAAGAUAAGAUGUAAAUCAAAUCAAAGAAAACCCGCGAUGAUGUACGUUGACUCGACGUCGCCGGAUAAAUGUUCCGAAGUGGUACGCAUGAAACGCGUGGUAUUGCAAAAGAGGAAGCGUUGCAAAAUGGAGGAAUCCAUGGCCGGGAUGGACGAGUCCUACAGUCAGCAACCCGCAGAUUGGAACAACGACGGGUCACGCCGACAGUCCGAGGAGAUGGAGCCGGCAAACGUGUCCUUGAAAAUGCAGCACAACUCGUUCGUGAUGGAGGACGAGUACGAUGCGAUCGGCCGUAACGUCGCCGCGAAGCUCAGGAGCAUGACGAUGGAACAACGAAUAAUAGCCGAGAAGUUGCUGAAUGACAUUUUAUUCGAGGCUCAGCUCGGCAACCUUCACAGAGAUUCGAGUCUUCAUGUAUGAGAGAGGAUGUUGCGCGAGUUGCGGCAUGGAAAGUCGCAAAUGAACAACAUUUUAUUCAAGCAGGUGGAAUAUUACCAGCGACAAGCGGUGCAAUUAAUGUAGUAUGAUGAAUAGAAUCGUCUGGCUGGUUGCAUGACGCGCGCGCGCGCGUGUGUGUACGUGAAGAUUGCAUUGCGAUCGAAUGCAUGGAUCAUGGACAAUUACUUUGAACACGAUUAGAUUAUGUUCUAACAUUAUUGAAAGACAAAAAGAUUUCUAUCUUGUAUUAUAUACAUAUAUAUAUAUAUAUGUGUGUACAUAUAUAAUGACUUUAGAUGUGAGAAGCGUUUUUGGAUUUUUAGAUGAAGGCGAGGACAUUUAGAUACUUCGUUUAUCUUAAAAAAUUUAUGUACAAGCGGUCACGUGGCUAUGCUGCUUUCUUUAUGUAAAUGUGUACAACACUGUAAAUAUUCUCAUGUGUAUAGUUAAAGAGAACAUGCUGCCCAAAACAUUAGACUGAUGCAAGAAGUUUGCCACUUUUCUACUUGAUGUUUAAACUUAAUGACUUAUAGCUGUUUUAAACGACGAGUUCAUAAAUCCUAAGGGAAACAAUGCCUUUGACUAUUAUACUUCCAGUAGUAAAAAUUAUUCCAAAAUUAUACAUUUUGUUUUUCGCUUGGCAAGAUGCGGCAAAACUCUUGGCAGCAGCCUAAUAGUGACUACGUCUAUAAGGCCCGAAGUUGGUUGCAACGUCGCUUACCUUUAGUUAGGCUACGGUUAAGUGACGUUGGUGCAACCGGGCCUAAGUCUUUUUUUACAACGAUUAACGUUCUAAUUAGCAUAAGACUGCAAUCAGCUGUAAUAUAUAGGGAUUACUCGUAAAUAUACGAUACUUUCGACGAUAUGAAUCUGCGUAUGACUGCAUAAAAUACUGUUUUCAAAACGUCUGAACACAGCAAGGCAAGCCUUUUAUCAAAAGUUAAAAAAGUAACACUUACAGGCUGCAAAUGAAUCGUCGAAAAUUGUCAAUAAAUUUUUCAUUAUCAAUGUCUC